AUGGUUAAACAGGGAAAGAAAAAGGUGUCAAAGCCAAGAAAACCACCUACAUUAAAACAAAAACUCAAAAAGGAGUCGAAAGUAGUGAAAGCCAAAGAUUUACAGUGGAAACCAGUUGAUAUCCCAGACAAUUUGGGUGAUUAUGAAGGGUUUUAUGGAUUAGAGGAAAUCGAUGGAGUCGAUGUGCAAAUAGUUAAUGGGAAAACCGAGUUCAUAGUACGCGAUAAAGGCAGAGUGGUUGAUGAUUCAAAAAAAGAUGAAGACCACAUGGAUGUUGAAGAGAAUGAAACACCAGAAAUUGAAGACGAGAAGCCAACCGAACAGGACGAAGAAGAAUUUUUUGGAUUUGAUGAUGACGAAAAUGAUCAAGAAAAUGACAAUUCUACUGAAGGAGUGUCAAACAACAACAAAGAAUACGAGUUAGCAGAAACGAAUAAUGUAUUGAAUGCUGUUUCAUUUGCCAACCUUGAUUUACCUUUACCGGACGAUAACGAAAUAAACUUACCAAAUUGGCAGGAAGGGGAUUUAGGAUCAUCUAUUAGUGCUUAUACACUUUAUGGGUUAUCGCAGUUGAACUUUAAAAAGCCAACACCAAUUCAAAAAGAAACCAUUCCAAUUGCAUUGCUGGGAAAAGACGUCAUCGGCAAGGCAACAACCGGGUCAGGUAAAACUUUAGCAUAUGGGAUUCCAAUUUUGGAAAAAUAUAUUCAAUCUUUGAACUUAAUCAAACAAAACAAUAAGGAUAACAAAAUUAACCAUCCCACUGGGAUUAUAUUUGCUCCUACCCGAGAGUUGGCUCACCAAGUUGUUGACCACUUGAACAGUUUGGCAAAAUAUUCACCGUUAUCCACCAGAGGAAUUGUAAGUAUAACUGGAGGUCUUUCCAUACAAAAACAGCAACGAUUAUUACGCCAUGGUCCUGGGAUAAUUGUAGCAACACCAGGGAGAAUGUUAGAAUUGAUCCAAGGAGACUCAGAAUUGGCCAAAAGACUUGCAUCCACCGACAUAAUAGUAUUAGAUGAGGCAGAUAGAUUGUUGCAAGAUGGCCAUUUUGAUGAAUUUGAGAAAAUAUUAGAGUUGUUUGGUAAAAAUAGACCGGAAAACAAAUCCAUUGAAUGGAAAUGGCAGACUUUGGUCUUCAGUGCAACAUUUUCGAGAGAUUUAUUUCGGAAAUUAGAUAGGCAUCAGAAAGGUAAAAGUAGCUCAUUGAUGGGAAAUGACGAGAUUGUUCAGUUGUUAAAUGAGAAGUUGAAAUUCAAAGAUAAAAAACCUACUCUCAUUGAUGCCAACCCGAAGGAGAUUGUUUCGGGCCAAAUCACAGAGGCAUUGGUUGAAUGUGGUCCUACAGAGCGUGAUUUAUACUUGUACUACUUUUUGUUAAUGUACAAAGGAUCAACUCUAGUUUUUGCUAACUCAAUAGACUCUGUCAAGAGAUUGGUUCCAUUGUUAAACAAUCUUAACAUACCGGCAUUCUCCAUACACUCCUCAAUGAUUCAAAAGCAAAGAUUGAGGGCAUUAGAGAAAUUUAAGGAAGCAAGCCAAAAGAACGAAGUAUCAGUAUUAGUUGCUUCGGAUGUGGCUGCAAGAGGGUUAGAUAUACCAAAUAUCGACCAUGUUGUUCAUUACCAUUUACCUAGAUCCGCUGAUGUAUACAUUCAUCGAUCGGGAAGAACUGCUAGAGCAGGGAAAGAAGGUGUAUCAGUUAUGUUUUGUUCACCUCAGGAAGCUUCAGGACCUUUACGAAAGUUGCGUCGUUUAGUUGCUAGCAACUCUAACAAAGAAUCGAGAUUGAAUAUGCAUAACGAUGUCAAGUUGCUUCCAAUAGAAAUGGAUUUAGUAUCACAAAUAAAGCCUAGAGUGGAAAUCUCAUCUAAGUUAGCGGAUGCUAGCAUCUCAUCUACAGCAACAAGAAAAGAAGAUUCUUGGGUAAAACAAGCAGCUGAAGAUUUAGGUGUGGAAGAUUUAUCUGGGCUUGAGGAUUUUGAAGACGAUAUCAUAAAAAAGCAGCGUAAGAGAAAAGAAGGGAAAAUGUUGUCUAAAGAAGAAACCAAGGCAUUGAGAUAUGAAUUAAAAAGUCUUUUGGCCAAUCCAAUCAAGAAAAAUGCCCGUAAAUCUUACAUCACAAGUGGUCUCCAGAACUUGGCUCAUCAAAUGGUUACUGGUGCUCAUCAUGAUGAUGUGUUGGGUCAUGAAAAAGUCAAUGCAUUAAGUGAUUUGAAAGGUUCCAAAAAUAAAAUAAAAAAAAUAGAAAAGAAGAGAAUUUCAAAGAAGAAGUAA